AGACUACAUGUCCCGAGAUCCUCCGCGCCGCAGCGAAGCUCCGCCACGCGCCGCUCCGGCUCCGCCGCCCGCCCCGCCGCCCACCCGCGCGCCACGCCCGUCGGCGGGUCGUCGGCCAAUGAGCGGCGGAGCGGAGCGUGAGGCUGUGCGGGGCUAAGGUGGAUGGCGGGGUUUCUCUGAGGCGGAGCUUCGGCGCGUUGGGGAGGCAGGCGGGCGGGCGGGCGGCCAGGGAGGGCUGUUGUCCCCCGGUCCCUAGGAGCCAGCGACGCCGAGCGCCUGCGGGCUGGGCUGGGCGGCGCGAUGCCGGUCCACUCGCGGGAGAAGAAGGAGAACAACCACGACGAGAUGGAGGUGGACUACGGGGAGAACGAGGGCAGCAGCUCCGAGGAGGAGGAGUCCGAGAGCUCGUCCGUGUCCGAGGAGGGUGACAGCUCAGGUGAAGCCGGCGAGGCAGCGGGGCGCCCUCUCUCCUGCCCGCUCGGGCUGGGCCGGGGGGUGGGAAAAGGAGGACUCGGCCCCGCCCCCUCUCCCCGUCCGCCCCGCCCCCUUCUCCCGCCCGGUGCUUCCCCCAUGCACCCCCUUGGCUGUGGGGCGGAGGGCAGGGCAGCUCGCCCUAGGCGUCGCCCGGGGUAACAAUAGGCAGGCAAGAUGCUUGCUUUCGUCCAGGGCUGCAAAACCCCGUGCAUGCUGGCAGGGGAGUAGGGCCCGUGGAACUCAGUGGAGAUCCUUUCCGAGCAGACCUGCGUAGCAUCCCUCUUGCUUGUCCGCGCCUUCCGGAGGCAACCCCCCCCCCCAAAAAAAACCCCACCAGGGCUCCUGCACGCUAGUUGUGUUCAGCAGGGAUGCCUUCUCUCUCUCUCUCUCUCUCUCUCUCUCUCUCCCCUUCUGUAAACCAAUAAAGUUGCGGGAGCCACCUGUCCUCUCUUGCAUUUGGCAAGCCACUACACACCCACAUCCACCUACACAUACUUGUCCUUCCCCCCCCCUUUCAUGUUGCAACCCUGAUUAAAAGAAAAAAGAUGCAGGCAUGGAUGGAUGAGUGAGGAGAUGGCUCCAGAGUAGAUUAAGAUAUAUUAGCUUCCAAGAAGGAGGCUAUUUAUUGAUAGAUAGAUAGAGGGAGGAGAUGGAUAAGACUGAUAAGAGAAGGGGAAGGGAAGAGGCAUAUGAGGCUAGGCAGAGGCAAGGAAAUGACUGGACAAACAUAUAUGGUCAGAAUUAAUUCAGAGUAAUGGAAGGGAAAAACAGAAUGGAGUGUCUGGGCUCAGAUGUGUGGGCAGACUGAUGAAGAAAGUAGAGAAAAAUCUUAAUGGAUUCAGGCAUCCUCUCCAUUUAUACAGUUUGAUUCUAUUUCUGCCUACUUAGAAUUGGCUCCUUAUGAGUUUAAGGUCUUACUCCCAGGUCAGGAAAAUCAAGAUCAUAUUUUUACUGCUUCCUGUGUUACAACAGGCAAGCAUACAGAGAAGAGCCAAACUCAAGCCAGACCUAGCACAGAUCUGCUGUACCUAAUCUUUAAAGGGAAAUGGCAUGUAUGUAUAUUCUCCGAUGUAGGUUUCCUACAUUGUGCGUGUAGGACAGACUGGAGGAGAGAGGGAAACUGAAGUGAGAGCAUCUCAACCUGUAGCUAUAAUUAUUUGCACACUAAAAUCUGGGAAUAUGGAUUGUCUACGCAUGCACACACACAGUUCGGCAUACAAUGAGUUUCAGUGAAGAGGUACAGCUGGAGCUCUCCAACAUCUGUAGAGUCAUAGAGAACACAAGGGAAUUCUAUGAAUAACUAAGGUCCCUGGGAAGGAAGCACAAAGUAGUUUGAUCUGACUGGCUAGAUUGAGAUUGAAUUUUUUGGGGGGGGACUUGAAGGGAAUGGGAGAAGAUAAAAUUCUUUACAUUUUUGCAAACAGUAUUUGGAGAGAAGCAUGGGAAGGGAAUGCUGCAAAAGAAGGCAUAGAAAGUGAGAACGAAACUCUACAGCGCAGGUACAGUUGCUAUACCAGGAAUCUGAGUGCAAGACAGAGUUGCAAUUAUUUUAGCAUGGCUCACAAAAUUAUGCCCCUCACAAGUCUUGGAGGAGAGAUUUGCAAAGUCUCUCAAAAGCACUUGUUUCUCCUUUUCAUUCUUGGCAUAGCUGUUAUAGUGCCAUAAAAAUCUCUUACCUACCCUCAUUUCUUUUCUUCACUGAACUAUACUAAUAGUGCAUUUUCUCCAUUUUAUAUGCACAUCCUCCAACACUUAUCCCAACAUUACAAAAGCAACAGAGGAAGUAAGUUUCUUUCCCUUCAUUUGAGGAGUGAAUUGCUUGGCAGAGCAAUUAAGCCAACCAUAAAAAUGGUGUUUGAUGAACACUAUCCUGGCAGAACUGGAGAUCUGCCUAGGCAUUUUCAGAGAGGCAGACGUUUUCAUCAGUUGCAGCAAAACCAAUAGUCUUGUAGCAUCUUAAAAACAACAGUAAAUUUAUUAAGGCAUAAGCUCUCAUGGACCAGAGUCCACUUUAUCAGAUGUGUUUAUUUUUAUUAACUGUUGUUACCAAACAGUUGUUUAGUUUCUGUGGCCAGACACCUCUCUUGGAUAAACUGCUCUUGAGCUAGUAGUGGCCAUGUGCUAGUAGCUCUACUCUAGGCUCAUGACCCAUGGAAAUCUGUCUGGAACCCAGAAAAAAUAUAAUUUAUUUUAUUUAUUUCACCAAUGUAUGUGCCACUUAAUUAGAAUUGUCUUGAAGUGGUGUACAAGUAAAUCAACACAGAAAAGCUAAACAUCAGUUAAAGUCAUAAAAUGAGAGCAUUUGCCUGUGAACAUGUAAUAUGCUUUAUUACAAAGAGGACAGGCUUUUUUGCUCUUUUCUCUCACCAACCCCCUCCAAUAUAUGGAGCAUUAAAACACUAAACCUUGUGCUCGUCCGUCUUCUUUCAAAUACUUAAAAAAAAACAUUUAAGGGUAACAUGCAUUCUGUAAACCAACUGAUCUUGUGAGUUCAGUCUUGGUCAGGUUCGAAAACAGUAUUACGGUAAGAACCUCUAGGUAUUUUUAAGGGGAAAAACUCUUUCUGGAACAGUACUAUAUGCGUACAUUAUUUUAAACUCAAAUAGUGAAGUGAAGGACAUGAGGCAGGAGUUAAUAAUGCAGGUGAGCUGCGCACAGGUGAGCUGCAAGCAAGCUGCCAGCCAGCUCUGUGGAGGCUCCUUUUAUUGACACAAUAUGCAAACCCAGGCAGAUACAUUUUGGGCUGUGACCUUUACACAUCUUCCGGUCCCGAUAUCGUGGGGUGGUACAAAGUUAUUUUGGCACCUGUUUCCACCGCGUCAUUUUCCCCUUGCACAAUGUAUGACGAAAGAGACAAAGGUUACAGACAGGACACCGCAGACUACUGAGACCACAAAAGGUUAGACAGAGGGCAAGAUGUUAAGACAGCUGUGGCUUUAUCUGUGAGGGGGAGUGUGCUCCGCACCCCAAGGUCACGCGUGCAGGCAGCUGAGGCUGCCUGCGGGUGGGGAGUGUGCUCCGCACCCAGCGAUCAUCCCUACAAAAUAGAAGUUGCAUUAAGCUUUUAAAAUAAACUGAAUGUGAAUCAGGAUUUCUUGCUGGAGUAAACCGAGUGUUAAGACUGUGCAGUGUGCAAGAAAGAGGCUGGAUGAAGUGGUGGCACAGCACAAUCUCCUUAUCCUGUAGUUUGGCAGUUGCAUUCAGGUCUAGGCUUGCAGGCUUCCCAGAGGCAUUUGGUUGGCCCCUGUGACAACAGGAUGCUGGAUUAGAUGGGCCCUUGGCCUGAUCCAGCAGGGCUCUUUUUAUGUUCUGACAUGAGGAUUUCACACUUCAAAAUAUUUGACUUUGCAGUAUUAAUCUUUCUAACUUGGAAUCCAAAUAUUUGGGGGGGGGGGGCAAACCCUAGGAAAAAGGGAACUAUGUUUCCCAGGAGACUUUCCGUCAGACAACUCCCCAGUGCUGUUCACUAUUUUAAUAGUGGCUAGGAUUCAUCCUCACUUUUUGAAGACGUAUUGUAUAGUAUCAGUAAAAAACAACAGCAACCCAGCGGGGAUUAUGCCAAGUUUCUUCUGAACCACACAGAGUGGAUCCAGUGGAUUUAGGUAGCAAGCCUACCUAGAAAAGCACUAAAUAAUUGGCUGCCAGACUUUUGGGGCAAGUACGCCACAUGUUGAGGAAAAUGCAUUUAUACACCACCAAGGAGCUCAAGGAGGUUCGCCACCUCUCCAUAUUAUCCUCACAACAAUCCUGUGAGGUAGGUUAGGCCGAGAGACAGCGACUGGCCCAAGGUUACUCAGUAAACUUCAUGCUAUGUGGAAAUUCGAACCCUGGUCUCCCAGGUCCUAGUCCAACACACUAAUGUGCCCUGCAGACUACAUGCAGCUCCUUGCUCCUUGGUGCCUAGGUACACCAGAAAGCCUGUUUGCCUGUGCUAUUUGCAGUGCAGUGCUAUAGGUUGCAACCCGUUGAUCAAACCUUCACAUUUCAGACUCGUAAUACGUUGAAGUGUCAAGCACUUAAGCUACUUACUUGGAUGAGCAAAUUCUAACCUGGGUUUCUGUCUGGGGUGGGGGAAGUCUCAUGUCCAAAGCCAUUCUUUUUAGGCCUCUUCAAUAUUUCACGGAGCACUUUUGUCACUUGUGCUUUCAGUGGAGUGUGGUAAAUAAAUCCCAACUAGUAUGUGCUGUUCUCCCCCCCCUCAAUUGUUUUUUGAUUGGAUGGGACUUCUGGAAGCACCAAUUCUGUUUUUGAAAUGACAAAGCAAGUAGCAUGGUGGCAGAGGUAAGCUUCAUUUCAGAAAUCACGAGGAGAUUCUUGGCACAGAUUUUAUUCAUUGCUGGUAUAGGUAAAAGUAAAGGACCCCUGGACAGUUAAGUCUAGUCAAAGACAACUAUGCAGUUGUGGCGCUCAUCUCGCUUUCAGGCCGAGGGAGCCGGCGUUUGUCACAGAUAGCUUUCCGGGUCAUAUGGCCAGCAUGACUAAACCGCUUCUGGUGCAAUGGAACACUGUGUUGGAAACCAGAGCACAUGGAAACGCCAUUUACCUUCCUGCCACAGCAGUACCUAUUUAUCUACUUGCACUGGCAUCCUUUCAAAGUGCUAGGUUGGCAGGAGCUGGGACCGAGCAACAAGAGCUCACCCCGUCGCGGGGAUUCGAACCGCCAACCUUCUGAUUGGCAAGCCCAAGAUGCUCUGGUUUAGACCACAGCGCCACCUGCUAGUAUCUUGCUUCUGAAUUGGACAAACAGUUAAGCUUUUGUUCAUUUUUCUCAUCCCAAGAAUAAUGUCAACAGAUAACUGUUGACAGACAUGCAUUGAUUCUUAGGAAUGUAUCUGUACCAGUUAGUACACAACAGACUUUCUCAUGCUAUAAUUUAUACUGCUGUUGGUCAUUGUUUGUCAGCCCAGAAUUGACUCUGCAAACUCAUAAACAAAAUCCUGGAGGAUUGUUAUUGUAAAAUAUUCCAAAAGAGCCGGUGCACUGUGGUGUCAAAAGGAGCAACAUGUCAACAGGAGGUUGUCUCUAGUUCACUUCCUCAAUGUACUCUCACUGUCCAAAGACAUCAUAGCCUUAGUCUUCCAUGUGCAAUAUGGAAAUAACACUGAUAGGUUGGGAUGCAGUUAAGAGGAUUAUUAAAAUAUGUGCACUUUUAUGAAGCAGCUGUAAUGCUUAAAGCUGCUACUUAAAUUAGGAAGUAUCACUUCUCUGAUUUGUCUAGUAAGCGUUGUGUAUUCCCCUGAAAUAACUGAAGUACAGAAAGUCAUAAAUCUGUUAUUAGAUUUUCUAUCUGAUUUAGGCCUCCAUAAUAAAGCACAGAACAAUAAAGCAAAAUAAAAUGUUAGUAUAAAACCUUAGAAACUUAAAAGACCUGAGCAAAUAAAAAGGGGUAUACCUGAUAAGAAAAAGAGAAUAAGGGUUGUGUCAGGUGCAACUUUCACAGGAGCAAAUUUCAGAAAUAGGGUGCCACAAUAGGAUAGGCUCUUUCCUGUCAUGGACAUUUACUUUCCAUCUUGUGGAAAAACCAUUACCCAGUAACUACCAGUCCUUGGGUCCAUAUAUUUAGCUUUCAAGAAGAUGAUCUUGAUUAGCAUCCUAACAUGUAGACAGAGAAUGCAACAGAUUCCCCCCCCCUUAUUUCUAAUUCUGCAGUGCAUGCCAUCCACACGUUCAUGAAACACAUUAAUAUUAAAUGAGAUGAGUUUAAAUUGCCCUGAUAUAAAACCAGUACCACAUCUCCUGGUGAUACUGCAAGAGUACUUGCCGUAUAGUGAAGAGCUCCAAAAGGGCCUUUCCAAAUCCAAAGUCAGUGAAUGAGCGGUAGAAUGACGUGCAAUUCAGUGUAAACAGGUGUAAAGGGAUGCAUGUUGGGGCAAAAAAUAAAUAAAUCUCAAUUUCACAUGCCCGCUCAAGUGAGUCUGAACUAGUGAUGGAUGAUCCAGUUUGGUUAUAUUCCAAGAUGAAUUGUGCAGCAGGAAAAAAAUAAAGAUGGCCAAGCAUUAAUUCCUCUUAAAACUUCAUCCUUUGGAAUAUUAACUUUUUGUGUGUUUUUUUAAUGAACUGUUUGAGUAUAAAUUCUAUAAAAUAGACUGGAGGAAAACCAGUUGCUGUUGUGUAUUUUUAAAGUGAAUAAUUCUGUUCUCAGAAAUGGACGAUGAGGACUGUGAAAGAAGAAGAAUGGAGUGUUUGGAUGAGAUGUCCAAUCUUGAAAAACAAUUUACAGACCUCAAAGACCAGUAAGUAAACUACAGAUUUGAAUUUGCUUUGGAUUCUAGUCCUCUCACCAUCCUGGGUUAGCUUUGUAUUUGGUAAAGCAAGGGAAGGCAUAAAAUAUAUUGGGAUUUACUGGUACAAAUUUGGGUGAAUUGCAGUAGAUUCACAGGGUUCUCUGAUGGGAUUAUGUGACAGUAGCUACAAUGGAAAGGCUUUUUUCCUUAAUUAGAUUGCUGAAGUGUAGGAUGCUUGGGAGAAGGCAUGAGUAGGCUUUAUGGGCAAAAGAAUUGUGAGCUCAGAUGUGCUAUCAAAACAAAUCCCUGGGCUGAGUCCUCUUCCUUAAUUCUCAGUAUGUAUUUCCCCACCCCUGCUGCCAUUCUGCACCUGUCUCUAGUUGAUGGAUUAUGGGUUGUAGUAAAACUAAAAGGUAGGUGGAAGCUGCUGUAUGUGGAAUCAGACCAUCAAAACAUCUGCCUCUGUCUGCACUGGCUGGAUGUGGCACCUCAAGGUUUCAAAUGAGGGUCUUUCCAAGCCCAAUCUGGAAUUGCCAGGGAUUGAAUUGAUUGUCUUUUGCAUGCAAAGCAUACAGUGGUACCUCGGGUUACAUACGCUUCAGGUUACAUACGCUUCAGGUUACACACUCCACUAAGCCAGAAAUAGUGCUUCAGGUUAAGAACUUUGCUUCAGGAUAAGAACAGAAAUUGGGCUCCGGCAGCGCGGCGGCAGCAGGAGGCCCCAUUAGCUAAAGUAGUGCUUCAGGUUAAGAACAGUUUCAGGUUAAGUACGGACCUCCGGAACGAAUUAAGUACUUAACCCGAGGUACCACUGUAUUCCUGAUGAAAGAACUGUGUGCUUAAAGCAAAAUUAUUUUAAAACAUACAGAACACUGUAUGUUCUGCUAAUGGACUACAGACCUUCUCCAAGCCUGAAGUCUGCCUAUCCCUGAUCCAAAGGUUUGUGGAGCAAUGUUAUGAUUGUUUAUGCUGAAAGAUUAAUGUAUGCUGGUGAAAUUUUGGGAAGUUUCUAGAUAUUUAUUGUAUUUUACAUGGUUGUGAUCUGUGUUGGGACCUCCUUGUGAGGGACAGAUAAUCAAUACAAUGAUGCGUAGAGAUUUCCAAUGUAGUUACCAUGGAAUUUUAUAUUGCUGUACAUCUGAAAUGGAAGAAUUCACCCUUGUCUUCCUAGACCUUAUAUGCAAAGGGAGAAGCAGCUUUUGCCCUCUGCUAGGGUGGGACAUUCUAAAAGGCCAUCCUAAUUGUGAUGGCAUAGCCACCUGCAUUUUAUGCCCAUGCCUCCUCCCAUUCAAGCAGAAAGUGGGGAAAUGGGGUCUUCUCUAUGCCGUCGUACCUUGGUUCUCUAACAGAAUCCGUUCGACUUCUGAAAAUGUUCGAAAACCAAGGUGCAGCUUCUGCACUCAGUCAGAAGCUGCAUAAGCCGUGUCGGAAGUUCAGGUUCCAAAGAACGUUCGCAAACUGGAACACUCACUUCCAGGUUUGCGGUGUUCGGGAUCCCAAACAUUCGAGUUGCAAGGCAUUCGAGAACCAAGGUACAAGGAUCAUGCUGUAGAAGUGAAUCAACUUCCCCACCCCUCGCCUUACAUAGCUACAAUCCACUGCACUUUAAGCGGUUUUUACCAGGCUUGACUCCAACUCUGGAAGUGAUAUGGGCAGUAACAAAACUCUAGGUAGCAAUGGAUGCUACAAGGUGAAAGUGUGUGCAUGCUUCACUUCACUCUCCUGCACAUUCUGCUUCAAAUAAAGGCCAGACCAGUCCUGUUUUGUAUUUGAAUGUGGCAGCUCUAGGUGCACGGCUGCCCUGUAAACUGCAAAUCAGGAAACAUGGUUUUACUUUCUGGUGCAGAGUGUGAAAUUCUUUGGGUUGCUGAAAUGGAAGUAUUCGGUAGCACCGUAGUGAGGACUCUUGAAACAUUCAGUUACUGUGAAACAACACUCACUUGUGCUAAACCAGUUUAAGCCAUAAUAAGUCCUUAGUCCAACCUCAUUAAAGAAAAAUUACUUCAUUGUGUUUUAUCUACAGCUGCUGUGCUGUUUUUACUGAGUUAUUAAUAUUGUUAGCGGCCCUGAGAGCAGGAUAUGCAUUUCAACAUUUUAAAAAAUAGCAAUAAAGGAUUGGUCAUUUUUUUUUUUUUUUAAGUGAGGGUUCUGUUCUGCAUGUUUCCCAGACUAAGACUUGGAAUAAAUACUGUAAAUAUCUAGUUAGCAAAGAGUUCCAAUUCAUAUAGCUGUAUGUAUGUGUUGGGUACUAGGAGACAGUCUUAAAUGGAUGUCUGAUCUUCAUCUGUGCGGGCUAAAAUCAGGAAGCAUAAUGUAAAGAUCCAGCACUGUAUAAGCAUUGUGUAAGUGAUAAUUUUUCUGUACAGUUUAUUUUUUUUUUUUAAGUCCUCUGAAUUUCUGCAAGGUUGGCACGUUCAAUGGGUUUUCUAGGUUCUGGCCAUUGGUGGCUGUGGAAAAUGUAUUCUUAGUAAUGUUAAUAUACAGUAUUCUCUACACUACUUUAAUGCAAUGCACUCCAUCUUUCAUCUGCAUUUUUUAAGACUUUACAAAGAGAGAUUAAGCCAAGUGGAUGCAAAACUGCAGGAGGUCAUUGCGGGAAAGGCACCAGAGUACUUGGAACCGCUGGCAGCUCUGCAAGAAAACAUGCAAAUCCGAACAAAAGUGGCAGGUAAGUGUGCAAAGGGGUUGUUUUUGACUCAGCUAGGUACUUCUUGUUAGUAGAAGUAAAAUACCAACAAAAACAUUUAAAUCUGCUCCUUUUUAACUACACCGUGCUCUUCGGCACUUCUGUCUUCGUUGGUGAAAGAUUCAAGGAGGGCAUCGUAUAAGAAUACCCAGAGUAGAUGAAAUCAAACUCUCAUCUCAUCUGCUUGGCCUCCAAGGCAUUCUCUUAUUUACUGGGUUUUUAGCAAGGCAGAUGUAAUGGUUCUAGGGGUUGCUCGUGCGUAAGCUGGUGCAAACACCUGGCUGGGUUGCCUGAGUGAACCUUUUCUGUCCGGACAGCCACUCACCCGUGGCUGUCUCAAUCGCUGGCAGAAUCCGUCAGUGGGCGUUUCUUAAACUUCUUCCAGCAAAGAAGCUCUUUGACGCCUAGUCUCCUCCUACUCUCUCUGCGCGAAAGCCUUCUGCGCAAGGAGGGCGUAGGCAGCGGAGGACCCCUACUCUCCCCGCUGGUCCCCGGCAAGGAGUCAUGGGACCGCCUCGCCGCUUCCCCCAUCUGCCCCCCUUCUCCACUGGUGCUACGCUGAUUCUCUUCCCCAGAAGAUGGGCUGCCUCUCCCAAUCCUGGGACAGUCUCUGGAAUCCCUCUGGAUUUUGCUCUCUCCCUCCGGCACUGAUGGCAGUUCCCUGACAGCAGAGUUAGGCUCUCCUCUCUUCCUCCCACCCCUUUUCCCGCUAGCAUAGGAAGCAAACAAUAGCAAAGCCUGGAUACAUGAGGGAACCGGGGAGCACUUUAGCUGCUUUCCCAUACACUUCUAUGCCCACGCCCAAGAUAGAAAGUGGGCAGUUAAUAUCUCAUCAAGCUUUUACCACAUUUAACAUUGAAGAAUCAAGAGGAGCAGAGGAGCAAACGGGCCGCACUCAGAGCUAGGAAAAAGAAAGUACAAGCAGCUUUAUUUCUAGCCCGUUUUACCGGUGUCACAGCCCUGAUGUGUUUUGGAAGGGGGAAUGUGAAAAGGGCACAUGAGGGGAAUUUUUGUGUGUGUUUACUGGGCACAGGAUGGGCAGUGGAGUAAAGAGCGCCUUGUCCUUGGGUUGAAUGGGUUGAACUGAAAAGGGGCCUUUUACUGAUGGGGAAUUUAGAAUUCACUUGUGGAGAAUUCAUGAGGGCCAGGCACGGUUGGGAUUUCACCGCUGUUUAAAAUGCCCCAUUCCUUAGGGUUUGGUAAGUUGCAGCUUAUGGGGAAAUGCAUUGGUAGGGUAAAUGAGGCCUGUAGGCCCUAUUUUGCCUCUCCCACGGAAGGCUUAAACAAAAAAAAAUGUUUUUUUGUAGGUAUCUACAGAGAGCUCUGUUUAGAGUCCGUGAAAAACAAAUAUGAAUGUGAAAUCCAAGCUUCCCGCCAGCAUUGUGAGGUACCGUUCAUAGCUGAAGAGAGUUUUCAUUUGUCUGUAACUGUUGGGGAUUGCUUCUGGAGAAACAUGCACACAAUCAGGUUGUGCAGCUGACAAGUUAUUUUUGAACGUAGAAUAUUACAGCAUUUUCAUCCACAGAAAAGAGAACAAUGAUUUUAAUUACUGGGCUUUCUUGAAAAUCAUGUUGAAGCUCUUGGUAGCAUGUCUAAUCAGCCGUGUAAAAUCUUAAUCUCAAAAGGAAACCAGCGUGCCACCUGAGGGGUACACUGGGAACACAAAAUGAAGCAAAUUACUUCAGCUAAGUUAUGUAUGUUUCAAGUCUGCAUAAACAAGUGGUUGCUAGGUCAGGUCACUGCCAUGUGAUUUGUUUCAGUUCUGCGAUGCUACCUGAACCACAUUUUUGACUGUAUCUCUUGUGUGUGGUGUCAUUUUCAAAGAACUUUUCUGUGAUAUGUGGCGUAUUUCUGCUGCCUGGAGGGGAAACCAAGAACUCAGACGUCGUUUUGAUUCAGAAGAAGGUUCAUGCAGUACUAAAAAUCAUUGAGAGGCACUGAAAAUCUUUGAAUGAGCUCUGGGUGGGAUGAUUCAAUUCAGGCUCACAGUUCUGUAGUUUCUGGCUUUGCCCCUGAAAAACAUAGGCAUACUAACUGGUUACUGUAAUAAUCAAAACAUUAGUUUGCAGUGAAGAAGAGACUUCAUUCUACAUUGAGACUUCAUUUUACAUUGAGAGCAUGAUCACAAAAACGUUGGUCAUGUAGCUCUGUAGAUCCAUCUAUGCCUGAAAACACCAGCUGUAAUUGUUAAAGGCUCUUCCUGUAAACAGUUAAAAACACUAAGGCCUGAUUCAAGCAAAAUUAACAGGAUUAAAAAUUCCACUGGGUCAACAUUAAAGCCUUGCAUGAACCUUGCAGCUCUUUGGAUCCUGGCUGCAGUGCUUUCCAGAAGUACCAGGUGCUAUAUAGCGCACCUGGACAAUACAGUGUUUCUUUGUGAGACAAAAAUUAAUGCCCUGCUUUUUCGUAGUUUCCCACAAUAAGAAAUGCAAUAAUCACUCCCUUUUAAUAGCAAACUCAGAUGGUGAGUGUCAACAGAUAUGGAGCCAAGAGGGAAGUAUGAGUGUGCUUAUGGAAACCCUGAGGAUGGUGGAGAUAAUUACACAAACACUCUGAAGGGCCAAAACAGUACAGUGAGGACUGAGAAUGCUGAAUGCCACUUGGGAAGAACAAGGGGUGUGGCAACAGAUGACUAGUAAAAGUGCCCUCCUUCAGCCCUUGUAUUCCAGAGGAUGUGCUGUGUGGCUGGGACUCUCAACAGCAACACUCUUGUUAAAGGUGGUGAUGCGCUGCAGCAUUUUGUUGCAUGUUCCACUUGCAAGUAAUGCACUUGUACAUGGUUUCCCAAUAGUAUGUGGAAGGUCAAACACAAUAGUUCUGAUCCAGAACUAGUCCUGUGCAGCUAAUUUAAUGAAAUACCUUGUGGCCUUUGGUAGGAAUUCCCAUCUCUCUCUCUCUCUGUGUAUAUACAUAUACAUAUACAUAUACAUAUACAUAUACAUAUACAUGUAUAUAUGUACACACACAAACACACACACACACACACACACACACACCCUAUCAACUGGUUCAAAGAGGCUUGUAUGACAGAAAUGUGUCCAUAUCCAUUGUUUGCAUGGAAGGUUGUUUCUGCAUCAAGAUAUCCUAGGAUGGACUGGUGUUUCCAAAGUGCUAAGGUGUUGUACCAGUUUCUUCUUUUCUAUUUUAUUCUCACAACAACCCUGUGAGGUAGGUUAGGCUGAGAGACAGUGACUGGUCGAAGGACACGUUAUUGUUAUUAUCCUUAAAAUUUGUAUACUUCCCUAUACUCAUAGGUCUUGGGGCAUUUCACAACACAAAGUUACAAUAUACAAAGCACAAAAUACAUAAUAAAAAUAAUCAAAACAAUUAACAAUACUAGUGUAUGCACAACAAUACUAAUGUAUAAACGAUACACUCCCCAGCAAAAGCCCCUAAACGAUACCCCAACUCAAAUACAAAUACAAAAAUCCAAAUUAACAUAUAACAUUUAACAACAAUUUAAAACAACGCCCCCCCCAAUAAAACAGUACCCACCCAAGUUAAAAUCCCAUUCCUGUUAAAACAAUAACUGGGUGCAGUGGUGGGUGGGAUUGGCAAAGUUUUUUGCCCCCUUUUUAAUUUUAUUUUUAUUUUUUACUGAAGAUGAAUGAGCAGAAGUUAAAUGCACAUAAUUGUGAGUUACCUGAAUAAGUGUAGACGUUGCAUGUUUUAAAUUCAGAAUUCAGUUUAAACCAUAUUGUUUCCAACUUUUUUUUUUGAGAAAUAAAUCAAAAUAUCUGUUUUUAAUUUGCAUAAUCCACCCUGAGUUCCCUCAGAAUGAUCAGAAUCCAAAGAUCUAGUUCAUGCUGAAGGGUCUGAUUGCACCAUUUGGGAUUCUUGAUUUUGAAUAUAAGGCGGCUACAUAUUGAUAGCCCCCCUGCAAUAAGUUCCAAACAUGAUAUACUGUGUGGCCAGUGGGGAAGGAAGGGAGGCUACUUUUGCAGGGAUACACGAGCUGAAAUUUCUUAAAGCAUCUCCAAGCACACAGGACUAGUUGCAUAGUCUUUGUAUUCCAGCUGCAUUGCUUCUUUUACAGUGGCACCUUGGUUCUCAAACUUAAUCCAUUCCGGAAGUCCGUUCCAAAGCCAAAGCGUUCCAAAACCAAGGCGCACUUUCCCAUAGAAAGUAAUGCAAAACCGAUUAAUCCGUUCCAGACUUUUAAGCACAACCCCGAAAACAGCAAUUUAACAUUAAUGUUACUAUCUAACAAGACCAUUGAUCCAUAAAAUGAAAGCAAUAAUCAGUGUACUGUACUAUAAAAUAAAUAAGACAGUAUUGUAGGUGAUAAAAAUAAAAAUUAUUAUUUUUUCUUACCUGCACUGAUGAUAGUCAUUGUUGGCAUGGGGGGCUUUUAUCCAUUUCCGCAGUCACACAAUCAAUCAGUAGCUGAAUUGUGUUCCACACAAUCACAAAAACAAAUUAACCGAAAAAGCCUCAAAAGCAAAAACGCAAAAUAAAUAGCAAAAACAAAAGUGCCCGACUUAAUCCAUUCCGUAAGUCCGUUUGGCAGCUUCUGUUUGGUGCAGGCGCCCCGGAAACAAUAGCCAACAGCCGCAUCGGACAUUCGGCUUCCGAAAAACGUUCCAAAACCGGAACACUUACUUCUGGGUUUUCGGCGUUUGAGAAUCAAGGUGUUUGAGUACCAAGACGUUUGAGAACCAAGGUACCACUGUACUUCCCCCCAAGAUGACUUGAAAUUCUCCCAUGUGUUCCUACAGGUUGCUUGUCCUGAGCCCUUUGCAAGUAGCUACAUACAGAUCAUAACAUAUUUAGAAGGAAAAUGAGGUUUUGGGUUUCUCCUUUUUUAAGACUAGUGUGUUUAUUUUCUUGCGUUUAUAUAAUUCCCCACUGUUUGGAAAAUAUGGGUAAAGCCCUUCACAUUUAUCAGUCUAGGCUUGGUGCUUUGUAGAUUCAAAACACUUCUUGGAAGACGAAAACCCCUUUUAACCCCUCGCUUUUGUUAUGUCAUGCACCCACUGGAAUGUUCUGCAGGAUGUUAACCCUUCUGUGCGCUAUUGCAUCUGCCUCACGCACCUGAGACUACCUUUCUCAACAUCAGAAGACAGUCUUUUUGCAUUGCCUCUGGCACUCUGAACCCAGCGAGAGAACGGUUCUUAUACAUCAGGUCUCUUUGUUGGAAGCUUCUUCCGUUGCUCUUGAGUGCCCCAAUCCAGUAGAAGAUGAUGUGUUGGCUGCUUUUCAUUGGUUAAUGUUUGACUACAUUGUUAACUUUUCCUUUCAGAGUGAAAAGCUCUUGUUGUAUGACACAGUUCAAAGUGAACUGGAAGAGAAAAUCAGACGACUUGAAGAAGACCGACAUAGCAUUGACAUUACCUCAGGUAACUAAGAGCUGGUUGAGUGUCCUGAUGACAAAGACUUGAGGAAAGAUUCUUUCCAAAGGCUUUAAUGUAUAGAUUACCGCUGCACAUAUGCAGAUUACUGGUUUAAGGCACUUCAGGUAAUCCUAAACACAGCUAUAUGAAAGGCAGGUACUCUAACUACCAAAGUUUUAGACAUUGAUCCUACACUGUCACACCCCUUUUGCUAUCCUAUAUAUAGGAAUGGGGUGGGCCCAUCUUAGGGCAGUAAGCAUUUCUGAAAUCUCUCACCACGCCUAGUGUGCGGAAUCUACUGUUCUCUUGCUGUUCUCUGGCCUCGGCCCAGUAUACCUGAAGGGACGCCUCCACCCCCAUCGUUCAGCCCGGACACUGAUGUCCAGCUCCGAGGGCCUUCUGGCGGUUCCCUCACUGCGAGAAGUGAAGUUACAGGGAACCAGGCAGAGGGCCUUCUCAAUAGUGGCACCUGCCCUGUGCAACGCCCUCCUGUCAGAUCUCAAGGAAAUGAACAACUAUCUGACUAUUAGAAGACAUCUGAAGGCAGCCAUGUUUAGGGAAGUUUAUGUUUGAUGUUUUACCAUGUUUCUAAUAUUCUGUUGGAAGCCGCCCAGAGUGGCUGGGGAAACCCAGCCAGAUGGGCGGGGUAUAAAUAAUAAAUUAUUAUUAUUUUUAUUUAUUACUGUCGUUUGGCUUCUCCUGGACCUAGGUGAUAAUGGAAGUGUCUCUGCCUCCUGAGAGGUGGCUGGGACCAGUGAAACAUCCCCUUCUGGGUAGGCAGAGCUACUCCCAGUAACUGGCGGCUCUGGGGUGGGCGAUGCAAUGAGCACCAUGGGCAUGUCAGAGAGAGGCUCUGACUACCUUGGAGAGAGAGAGAGGUGGGACUUUUGGCUCUCAUCAUGGGGGCAAAUGAGAUGGAAGAGCAGAUUGGGGGAAAAUUCCAUCCCUCAGGGUCAUUGCUCACACUGCCACACUGCCAGCAGCGGCUCCCAUAUUCCACUGGAGCCUUUUUCCGGCACCUUGGGCAGUCCUCCACCUGCAUUGUCUUGACUCAGCCAGCCCAUAACAUAAAGGUAGCUGCACAGAAAUGGAAAGGAAGAGUGUACAUGAAGUGACCAAAUACUUGUGUCAAGUUGGAGUUGGUCACAGGCUUGGUUUAUAGCACUCAAAUGCAAGGGUCUCUCUCUUGGCCUAAUGCCAUAAAGAAAAAUCUAUUCUAAAUGUUAAUAAGACAGGAUAGUCAGUGUAAGUGGCAGUUCCAGUUCCUAAAGCAGCACAGCUUGUUUAUUAAUUGUAUGAAUAGAUGAGCUUGGAGACCAGUGUGCUAUGUGAAGAAAAUUGUUUUAACUGCCACAUUCUUACAUUUCCUCAGAGUUAUGGAAUGAUGAACUUCAGUCUAGGAAAAAAAGGAAGGAUCCCUUCAGUCCCGAUAAGAAGAAACCGGUUGUUGUAUCAGAUAUCCUUUUCAUGGUUGCCAACUGGAUAUAAUAUUCGCUGAAUUACAGUGCUGCUGGUUGUUAACACUUCAUAAAAUUUUCAUUAAGAAACUAAGUGGGGUGAAACACAAGACAAUGGUUUGAAAGCUGAGAAUUUAGAACAAAAUUUUCUUGGAGACUAAGAGCUGGUCUGUCCGUUGGAUUGUCACUUUUUUUUUGCACAGUAUGUGGUAUGGUUAUAGUAACAGGAUGAUGCUCAAAAGCUAAGUCAUACUCAAUGUAGACCCAUUAAAAUGAGUGGACUUGGUUCCACUGCUUUCAGUGGCUCUAGUCUGAUUAUGAAUAAUGUUGGAUAUCACCCUCCUGGUUAUAAUGUGGAUUAUUAAAGAGAAGAUGGCAGGUGGUACAGCAUAAAAUCUCCAUCUAGUGAUAACCCAUCAUUCCUACUCUCCCAUCCCCACAACUUUUUAAAAAAACCUAAGAGUUUGCAGAAAUUUUGGCAACAGUUGUAAUGAGAUGCCUUUGUUUUUCUGUGCAUGUAUGCAGAGGAACCUGCCACAACCACAACUUUUCAUACUUUAGAACCCGAAAGGAUGUGUAGCCACACAAUGAACCCUUUUGAAAACAAGGAAAUGAAGCAAUGCUGCUUCUCUGAUAAAUUUGCUCCAAGGCAUACACAAAAAAUAUGUAUGCCCUGCCCUUGGGGUCUGUCUUGGCACAGAUUUUAGUUGCGUUAUACCAAGCAUACUUUGAAGUGAUCUGCUAGAACCUUUUAAAAAAACAACAAAAACAACUUGAUCCUCUUUGGAAAUGUGCAAGUCCCUUAACAUAUUAACGACCCUAUAUAGUGUACAUGCUGCAAGAUCUUGAUAUACUUGAAGACUGGACCACAAUAAGAAAGGUAUUGUUGAAUGUUGCUCUCUGUAUUCCUUUUUCUUUUAAAGAAAAUGGCUGAUAUGAAUGGGCAUAGCUUAGGUUUCAAGAGGGAUGCUCUUAAAAGCAAAGCUUCUAAGUUGAUUUGCCGAAAUGAUGAUUAACACCAUUUUUUUUUAUUUCAGGCAAUGGCUACUUUGGGGCCACAUAGAGUGAAAACAGAACGUAAGGACAAUCUGCUUUAUACUUGUUCAAUCCUUGCCUCUAUAAUAGCUCAGGAUUUCUCAGCCACAGAUGCUAAGAGUUUACUAUGGGGAGUUCUUAAUUGUGUACGGAUUAGGCAGCAAGACACUGUUUUUUGUCUUGUGUGGUUUGGAAAGACUUUCUGUCCUUUUAGAGAACUUAAGUGGAUCCCUUCUGUAGUAGGGAGUGGAGAACCUUGUAGGAAACCUUCCAAGGGCCACAUGGCAGUAACUGGGGGGUGGGGGUGGUAGAAGCAAAAGUUGGUGGAGCACCAAGUACUGAUCUACUCCCGCAAACCUCUUCAUCCUUCAGGCAUUUAAGAGCAUUAUGAGAGUUCAAGGACAUUCUAACCUGGCAAAAAUACUCAAGUAGGGUGCAAUGCAGAGCCAGUUAUGGGUGUAGUUUGUGGAAAUGGGGAGUGGCUGGAGAGGCUCCAGGGCCAGAGGGAAAGGCCUGGGGGCCCGCAUUCAGUCCCUGCGGCUGAGGCUCCCCAUUCCUGUUCUAUAGUUGUAGGAGGCGUUCCAAGCAAAAAGGCAAACUCAGAGUAGAAAUGAGGUAGACAGAAAUUGCCUUCUUAAAUCUCCUGUUCUGUUUUGUCUGCACUGAUUCUUUCAGCCCCUGUCAAGUUGGAAAAACAUGUACACAAUGCAAGAUCUGAAGAUGGAAGGCUGUAUUAUAAUGGGGAGUGGUACGGACGUGGACAAGCGAUAUGUAUUGAUAGGAAAGAUGAAUGCCCUGUAAGGUAAAGAUAGCGGGCAGGAUUCACCUAGUGAACCUGUCUCUGGUUGGAGGAAUCUCGAGAGUUUUAGUUAAAAGAAUAAACAAAGCAGACCCCACAAGACUCAAGUCUGUGAAUAAAUUUAUAUUAUAUACUGAAUGAUGUUCUUGUAUGGGGAAAGUACAUAGUACAUACCAGGCAUAGGCAAACUCCACCCCUCCAGAUGUUUGGGACUACAAAUCCCAUCAUCCCUAGCUAACAGGACUAUUGGUCAGGGAUGAUGGGAAUUGAAGUCCCAAACAUCUGGAGGGCCGGAGUUUGCCUAUACCUGGUACAUACAGACAAUAUAAACAUUAAUUUAUAAACAUAUAGAGAGAAAUGAGUUAAAUCACAGCAGGACUAGAGAAGCUUGCCUAUGCAUCACUCAAUGAGAACUUUUGUCAGUAUGGAGUCAAUAGCAGAAUGACCAGCUGGCAACGAAGUAGCUACAGUAGCAUCCGCAGAGGUGACUUUUGUAUCCUAUAGUAAUAGUAUGCUUUCAUAUAGGGUACCUUAUUAUGUCUAUCAGUAGCAAUCCCACAACAAAUCGAGCUUCCAUCGGUGUUACUUACAAUAGCUAGAUGCUAUUGUAGGAUUCCUACUGAUAGGCAUUGUAAAAUAUACUAUACAGACAGCAGCUGUUUUGCGCAGAGAUUCCAUUUCUGGUCCCUGCAUUUGUCAGUGUUUGUAAGCCAGCCCAUUAUGCCCCACCCCGUUACUCCCUGCCCCCGUUAUGCCCUCUUCACGGUCCAAAAGGACUGACGUGUCGACAGCCGCACAUCAAUUGGACACGCUGAGGAUGGUCUCCACCUGUACAAAAGCAAACUGUACUAUAGGAUACUGACUUCAGCAUCCUAUAGAGCGCUGCUGUAGCUACAUCAUUGCUAGCUAGUCACUCUGCUGUUAAGCCUGCGCAUGUGCCUCUCUCUCUCUUUCCCUUCCUUAACAAAGGGCGGCUAUUAAAGAUGUGAACGGUUGGUAAACAGACAUAGUAAUGUUUAGUACACUUCCAAUAUCAGUGUUCCUGUAUUUUAUUAACUAUCCUUAAUUUAAUGAGGCACUUGUUAUAAUGCUUGUGUGUUCUAUUACCAAUAAUUACAGUACCGUUUAUAAAUGGCAGUGCAGUUUAAGGUGAUCCUGUAGUUUUAUAUGGACACUAAUGUGCUCCUGAUUCCCCCCUCCUUUCUUUUCAGUGCCAUAAUUACAACAAUUAACCAUGAUGAAGUGUGGUUUAAGAGGCCUGAUGGAAGCAAAUCCAAACUGUAUAUUUCUCAGCUACAGAAAGGAAAAUAUUCAAUCAAGCAUAAUCACAACUGACCGUUAAACCAACCAGACAGUGUUAUCCUGCUAGAUGUGCCAUGAGAUGAAAGAUGUAUUUACUAUUUGUUCUCAUCUAUUUUGUGUGGCAGUAUCUGUGUAUUUGUAGUAGUGUCAGUAAUCUUCAUACAAAUGUCUUAGAAUAAGUGACACAUAAUCAUGUCGACCAUGACGUCUCGCCUCUAAUUCAGCUCCAGCGUCUCAGAUAGAAAACGUUAACCUUUUGGAGAGCCUGAGAACAUCUGACUAAGCCUGCAGUCCUACAAAGCUAUGUGCAUGCAUGGGGGAGAAUGGCGCAUGCAGCUGCUUGGGGUCUUUUAAGUUUCUUUUGCAGCUGCUUGCCUGGCUCAAUGUGUGAGCCAAUUUUAAAACUGCCUAUUGAGCUACUGGGGGAAGUGAGAGGAUGCUGCAGAAAGACACCACCUGGGCACAUUUUUGGUUCUUCACCACAUGGCACACUAGCUUCUAAGACUGUAGUCUAAAUCCACUUGUAUAAAAUGGGAAAGAAGUGCUAUUUAUAUAUAUAAAGAAAUUAAUGGAUCAUGUGAUGAUUGUGAUGUCUAUCACUACAUAUAUAAGAACUCCUUGAAUUUUAGAAAACAUGUCAUGUUUGUCUUGCAAACCUAUGUUAGCUUGCGCAAAUGUUACUUUGAUGUAGCCUAAUGGAAAAGUAUACUUAGAUGGGCAACUGGAAAAAAGUGGAGACCCCACCCCCCAACAGUUAUCCUAGCUGGGUUACUUCAGAGAAAUUGUUACUGAUUUCUGUUAAAACUAGCACUGUUGGGGGGUGGGGGGGAAUCAGUGCAAAAGCAAAUGACUCUUUCCGUUUCUGCUAGUAUUAAGUCCCCUCUCCAAAGGUCAAGAGUGCCUGUUCUGAAAAUGGUAAACCGAUAACCAAAAGUAUUGCUGCAUAUAGCUCUGUAAUUAAAUGUAUCCGUAGUCCAAUGAUGUGUAAUCCUUUAAAAUUGUACCCUGGGCAGAAACAAUGGUGUUUGCUGCUUAACAACCUCAAGAAGUUAGCAUUUGUAAGCUUAGCAUCAGGAGUGAGAUCUUUUAGUUUUACCUUACAUGUUCGACAGUGGAACAGACGUCCUCAGAAGGUGGUGGACUUCCAUGGAGUGUUUUUUAAAGCAGAGUUUGGCUGGCCACCUGCUAUGGGUGUUUUAGCUGAGAUUCCUGUAUUGCUGGGGAUUUGACCCCAGGGUCCCAUCCAGCUCUGCAAUUCUAUGAUUCUGUGUUGGAGGCGUGAACUGUGGCUGGGUGGAAGGAGGAGGAGAUGUUACUUGGUGGUUUUGUGCACUUUACUAUCCAUUGAGAUGAGCCUUUGAAGGAAGUCUGCAUCUGAUGGAAAAGGCUGCCAAAAGUGUUUUUAUGUUCUAGGUUGGACUGGUGCUAAAUCUGGAAUCUUAACAUGCAACCCCUCUCUAUUUCAAGUCCUGAAUUGAAACCCCUGUGUGUAAAAUAAAUUCAUCAGUGUGUUUGCAGUAUUCCAGUCUCAUCCCAGCAAGCAGAUAUCAUGGUGGGCCUGGAUGGGCAUCUUAGGGGAGUCUGCUCUACUUGAAAAUAUCAUCCUGUGGAAAAAUCAACUCUUAGGCCCAGAAGCUUGCCUGAAUCAACUGCUCAGCCAAAGGAAAAGGGAGUUAUCCAAAGCAGCGCUAAGUAGUAACUUACUCCACCAGCAUAAGGAUUUCUGCUUGAGUGGAACUUCCCCCACAGCCCCUCCCAUCUGUUCUAGGAGUUCUCAUAACCCUCUGAAGUGGAUUUGUGGGGUGGGUUCUGUUGCACAAGCAGGAAUCCUUGUGCUGAUGGGAUGUAUUAGUUGGAUGCUACCCCAAGUAUUUUUAUGUCUCAUCAUUCAAAUUUGAGCUUAAAGUGUAUUGGAUGUGAGGAGCCCUAUAGCUGGAUUCAAUGGGCGGGAUUCUGACAAUUUGCUCUUCUUGUAAAUUCUUACCCUGCAUCCAGAGCAGUUUCAGCUCAGCCUAGCAGCAAGAGCCUGCCUGAGCUCAGAGCAACGUACACUGAGACUGUUGUCUUCUUUUUAAAAAUAAAAAAUGAAGGAUUGGCAGCGUCGGCCUUUGCACACUUCUGCAGGUUGGAAUCUCAUCUGUCCUUCAGUAUCAACAGGUGUGUGUUUUAAACAUAUGUGGGUGUGUGGGUGUGUGUGAACGUACAUGUACACACUAACCUUGCAGCAAUCUGCAUUACCAUCCAAGCUGGGGCACUUGAGCAUUGCUGCAUGGAACCAUGGGAUGCCAGCCAUUGCUGCUUAAAUAACUAUUUCUUGUGUUCAUGUUACCGUGCUUCCAUUAUGGCUGGUAAUAUGACACAUCUCCUCUGCGUUGGAAUUGUCUCUCACUUGCCAGUUUGAUUGAUUCUAGUUGCUGGGGCUCAGAAUAAAGUCUUAUCCUGGUUUAUAAACUGCUUUCAUGUUUAUGUGAAAAUGUAUUUACCAAUUAUGCGAAACCCAUUUGACUGUUGUCAAAAGUCUAUAAUCCCAGGCUUCUGAAAUUGGCCUGCAACAGUUUUCUUCUUACUCUGCAUGUCACACAUAUUAGCCAAAUGUAUAUAAAGUAAUUCUGACAGGUUGGCUUUUGACAAAACCUACUGUAUGUACACAGUUUGAUAAAGCUUUUUUUGUAAUGAGAUAUUUGUAUUUUUUAACCUAGUAUAUAAAUAAAUGAACCUGUCAUGGAGAAUCUGAAUAGUUGUACAGCUCGUGAAUGUGGUUUCUGUAGUGUAAACCUUUUUUAAAAAAAUAAAAAUGCAGUGUAUUCAAGCACCUCGGAG